CCCCGCUCUCCGCCAAUCGACAUGCAGAGGAGGCGUGUCUGACCGCUCACGAGACCCACGGGCAGAUAUACACGCCGCCGGGUCCGAGUUCACGGUACCUGCAGAACCAGCGCCUCGGGAUGGCACUGUCAGCCUGGCUGCUUUUACCACUCCUGCACCUGGCCGGCUCAGGAAGAGUGUUCGAUGAGAUAAAACAGAGGGUGCUGGAGAGGCAGGAGCAGGCAAUCAAAGAGCACCUCCUGCUACAGGCCGCCUCAGGGCGCCCCCUGGUGACAGAGGGGCGUCUAGAGCAACCACUGGACCACUUCGACAGGCAGAACAACAGAACCUACUUGCAGAGGUACUUCGUCAACGAGCAGUUCUGGAAGCGUCGCACCGGCCCCGUGUUCCUGUACAUCGGAGGAGAGGCGGCCAUCUCCGAGUUCAGCGUGCAGGGAGGUCACCAUGUGUCCAUGGCGCAGGACCACGGAGCCCUCCUGGUGUCCCUGGAGCACCGCUUCUACGGACAGAGCAUCCCCGCCGACGGCAUGGAGACCCCCACACUGAGAUACCUCAGCAGCCAGCAGGCGCUGGCUGAUUUAGUGUCCUUCCAGCAGAACAUCACCUCCCGCUACGAGCUGACACCCCGCAACACCUGGAUCUGUUUUGGGGGCUCCUACCCCGGGUCCCUGUCAGCCUGGCUCCGUGGCAAGUUCCCACACCUGGUCUACGGCGCAGUGGCUUCGUCUGCCCCCGUCAGAGCUCAGCUGGACUUCACUGGCUACAACAAGGUCGUGGCGAAGAGUCUUGCCAACCCCGCAGUGGGGGGCUCGGACAGGUGCCUGUCUGCGGUGAGGGAGGGCUUUUCGGCCGUGGAGUCUGCCCUGGCCAGCCGGAACGUCACGGCCGUGUCCCGGGACUUCAGCUGCUGCUCCGCCGUGUCCGAGCCGGAGGACCAGCGGGAGCUGCUGUACAGCCUGGCGGACAUCGCCAUGGGCGCCGUGCAGUAUGACCAGGAGGGGGCGCCGCUGGGCGUCGCCCAGCUCUGCCGGAUCAUGGCAGGGAACUCCAGCGGGGCGGACAGCUACACCCGCCUCGCCCAGCUGGCCAAGGCCUACCUGGAGCGAACGGCCAAGCCCUGCCUGGAGACGUCCCACCAGCAGAGCGUGGCCGAGCUGCGGGACACCACCCUGAGGCCCAGCGGAGUCGGGGAGAGGCAGUGGUACUACCAGACCUGCACCGAGUUCGGAUACUAUCAGACCUGUGAGGAUGACGGGUGCCCCUUCUCCCGGCUCCUGACCCUGAAGUCCCAGACGGAGCUCUGCCCCCUGGUGUUCGGCCUGAAGGAGAGCAGCCUGCCGCUGGCGGUGGGCUUCACCAACGAUUACUACGGCUCCGACCACCCUGGCACUCACAGGGUGCUGUACGUCAACGGUGACAUCGACCCCUGGCACGUGCUCAGCGUCCUCUCCAACGCCACCAGCGGGGAGAGAGCCAUCCUGAUCCACGGGACCGCGCACUGCGCCGACAUGAACCCCCCCCGCCCCUCCGACCCCCCCGCGCUGAUGCUCGCUCGCAAGGAGAUCGAGGCCCAUGUGGCCGCUUGGCUCCAGUCAGCCGCGCAGGAGGCCGCCUGACGUCAGGGGACCUGUGGCGCCGGAGAGGGAGGGGCACUUUCACGCUAGAAGCUUGCAAUCAAGAGCACCCUGCCGCCCUGCGAUGUGAUUUCUUUCUCACAAAACCUUCUGGCCUCUCGGCCCACAACGACACGAGGGCCCGCUCCGAGCCACGCCGUCUACAAGCGGACCGGGCGGGAGUCGGCGCCGGCAAGACAGCCGCGCUGUGCAAGGCCUGGGCAUGAGGCUAGACGACCACAUACUGUAUUUACUCAAUCGUCACCCGCUUCCUGUGCGAUAACACUCUUCUGUCAGCGCCUCGCAUUCUCUCGACGCUCUGGGGAGGUCAGGGGUCACGGGGAGCCCCCCGCAGAAGUACCCCAGUGUGAAACAGCACAGGGGAGGGCGCUCCCCCUGCCCUGGGUGGGACAGGAACUCCCCAUGCUUCUUUUAUACUCCAGAUCAAGCCCAAUAAAGAUUUUUAUGCUA